AUGAAGCAUCCAGGCCCGAUUCUUGGCCGAUUGGCCGCCAAGGGCCUUCGCCCAACCGUUGGCCGAGCUGGCUUCUCGCCUCUGAAGCCGAGACUCGCCAGCGGCUUUUUCACGGCCGCCAAGCAGCGGCGCCGCGUUUCCGCCACCACGACCCUUCUCGCAGGCGGCUUCUUGGUCUGGAUGCUCUACCCCACACAAGACUUUCGCCGUCUGUCGAGCAGCCAAGGCCAAGCCCAUCUGGUUGACGCGUCUGCCAGCCAAAAGCUAGACGAGGGAACAUCGGAGGACGAGCCAGAAAGCGACGACGCAACGGAGCCAGCAGAGGAAUCCGCCUGGAGUAGCUUCACCAGAGGCCUGGAGGAGCGUUCUGCUGCGGCUGACAAGGAAUGGGCGGCGUUUUCCGAAAAGAUCGUUGGCUUCAUCCUGCCCGAAUGGUCGAGACAGAUGCCGGGUUACAUUCGCAAGCUUCAGCAUGAGCUCUCUGAUGCGCCCGGGUCUCUCGCGGAGGACUUGUGGGCAGAAGCGCACGACUCGUCUGUGCACCCGGAAAUUCAAUACACAGCCGCGGUUCGUGUCUCAGAUGAUCUGUGCCCCGACGAGAAGGAGUUCCUGGCUCGCCGCAAGAAGAAGACAAGAAAGGCCCUUGCUAAAUAUCUUGAUAUUGACGAAAAGGACAUUCACCCUGAUGAUAUCCCUACCAUUGCCAUGUGCGGCUCUGGCGGUGGUCUCCGUGCUCUGAUUGCUGGAACCGGCUCGCUUCUCGCUGCCACAGAGGAUGGCCUCUUUGACUGUGCCACUUACACUGCGGGUGUCAGUGGCUCUUGCUGGCUUCAGCUUCUUUACCUGACGUCCUUCAACAAGGGGAGCAUCCCAUCACUUCUGGAGCAUCUCAAGGCUCGCACUUCUACUCAUAUUGCCUAUCCCCCUGUUGCCUUGCAGGCGUUUACUUCCCUUCCAACCUCCCGACCUCUGCUGAGCGGUGUCAUUGAAAAGAUUCGCGGCGAUGAGAACGCCGACUUUGGUCUCGUUGAUAUUUACGGUCUGCUUCUAGGCGCAAGAUUCCUUGUGCCCAGGGGCGAGCUUGGUGUCGAUGACCGGGACUUCAAGAUCUCCAAUCAAAGAGAAAUUUUAAAAGAUGGCGACCGCCCACUUCCCAUCUACACCGCCGUUCGACACGAAAUUCCUAGCUUAGAAGAAGGCGCGGAUAAGACCAAGCCUUCCAAGAGCUCGAGCACCACUAAAAAGGAACUUGAGAAAGCCGAGAAGGAAUCAUGGUUCCAAUGGUUCGAAAUAACCCCGUACGAGUUCUUUUGCGAGGAGAUUGGCGCCGGAAUUCCCACAUGGGCUCUUGGGCGACGGUUCAAGGAUGGCAAGGACGUGCCCCUGGAACACGGCCUUCAUCUUCCCGAGAUUCGCGCACCGCUGCUGAUGGGUAUCUUUGGAAGCGCCUUUUGCGCUACCCUGAGCCACUACUACAAAGAAGUUCAGCCUAUCGUCAAAACCAUAACAGGCUUUGGCGCGAUCGAUCAGAUGAUCUCAGAACAGGACGAGACUCUCGCCAAGGUGCAUCCGAUUGACCCUGCCUCGAUUCCCAACUACGCAUACCAAAUGUACGGCAAGCUCGCCAAGACAGCUACGCCCAGCAUUUACGAAAACGAGCAUAUCCAGCUCAUGGACGCGGGCAUGUCCAACAACCUGCCCAUUUACCCUCUACUCCGCCCGGGCCGCGACGUUGACAUUCUCAUCUCUUUUGACGCCUCGGCUGACAUCAAGACGGAUAACUGGCUGGCUGUCGCGGACGGUUACGCGCGCCAAAGAGGCAUCAAGGGUUGGCCUGUCGGCGUCGGCUGGCCCCAAGACGAGAAGAAGGCCGUCGCCGAGAUGAAGGCCGCAGAAGCUCACUCCACCGCGCAGGCCGACGCCAAGAUUGAGCAGGCCAAGUCGGACCAGAAGGAGCAGGAGCACCAUGACAAAAAGGUCAGCGACCUCGGCUACUGCACGGUCUGGAUCGGCACCACUGAGGAGCGCACGAGCAAGGAGGACUCCCCCGCCACGCAGCCCAUCUCCGAGGCCGAGCACUGGCGGCUGACGGACCCCAACGCCGGCCUCGCCGUCGUGUACCUGCCGUUCCUGCCCAACGACAAGGUGCCCGGCGUGUCUCCCGCCGAGAGCGACUUUAUGAGCACGUGGAACUUCAUCUACACCCCCGAGAACAUCGAGGACGUUGUGCGCCUCGCGCGCGCCAACUACGACGAGGGCAAGGCGCAGAUUGAGAGGACGGUGCGGGCCGUGUACGAGCGCAAGAAGCAGGUGCGGCUAAAUAACGAAAAGGAGGCCGAGGAGCAGAGGCUGCGCAAGUUGACAAACUCGGUGUCUUUGAUUUGA